AUGGAUGGUCUGGUAGAUGGACAGAGAACGACCGCUGUUCCCCCGUCCAUCCGCCUGUACAGAAGAGAAGACGGAGCCUUACGGUGCACGCUGCUCGAAUUACCGCUGACCCAUUACCGUCGCUACCGCGCGAAUAAAGGGCUUCACGGCCUGUUGACGGUGUGGGAAACGGCGCCUAUGCUUCGUCGAUUGUACGGUACCUGGCCAUCAGACGCCCGUAGCGAGGCGGCGUUUAAACUUCUUCUGAAUGCCCGUCUUCGGUCGGCGCUGAGGUGGACUCCGAGUCCAGACCUCAUCCCUUUGCGGACUUCUUUAUUGAUGGUGCUAAUUGGCACCGUUUCUCUGUCCGUAAAGUGGUCCACGAUUGUAAAGUUCAAGGUUGUCUCCAAGAAAGCGUUUCGUUUCUGUACCCCCCCCCACCCCUCCUCCGCCCAUUUGUUGGUCGCGUUCGAUCGAACCGUGCAACGAGGCAGGCACAUGUCCAGUUUGACGGCAUUUGCAGGGUAA